AGCCUGAGCAGAGAGCAAUUCAUCAAAGACUUCUGUAAAGGCCAAGCUCGCUACUGCUCUUCGAUUUUGGUUAAUGCUCUGCUCGCAUUGGGCUACUCCUAUUCUAGCCAGCACAUCGGCACAAAGGACACUCAAGGCACUUACCCAUCGGGGGAUGAGUUCUUCGCAGAGUCGCAGAGGCUACUUGAUGCCGAAGAAAAUCACCACACUUUAACUACCAUCCAAGCUCUAAGUAUAAUGUCGCUUCGCCAGUUGAGCUGCGGAAGAGACUCUGAAAGUCACCAUUAUUCCGCACAGAGCAUAAGAUUAGCUAUCGAAAUGGGCCUGCAGCGUCCUGACAGAACGGCAGACAACGACGAGUUCAGUGUCAAAAACGCUACGUUUUGGGGUGCUUUCGCAUUACAUCAUGCAUGGGCUGUUACAUCGCACUCUCUGCCCUGUUGCUCGUCAACGUUUACAGCUCGUUUGCCACCGAAGCCGGCGACUUUUCUUGACGCCGAGGAUGCCUUAUGGGUCCCUUAUACGGAUGAGAAUCAUCCACCUACAAGUAGAGAAAUUCUGAUUUUUUAUACGAAAUAUUUGAGCUGGUAUGACUUAUUAUCCGAUGUCUUGCGGCUUGGGCAUACCUCUACUCCGGCAGUAUUAUUUACGCACAUGUACUAUCAUUUCGCCGUCCUAUUACUUUUUCGGCCCUUUGUAACGCUUUCAAUCCCUGGCUCGAAUAUUCUCCCGCGGGAUGUUUGUUUCGAAGCUGCAAACAACAUAUCAGCCUUGUUGCACUCCUACUCGGCACUCCAUACGCUACAACGCAUACCUAGCUUUGUGCCGACCCUCCUUUUCGCAACAUCAAUCAUGCAUCUUUCAGUCAAACCUAAUUUAAGCCCGCCGAUAAGACGAAUCAGGGUCACUUAUUGCUAUCCUUCCAAGUUGCAAGCGUCGUUGAACGGGCUAUGGCCGACCUGGGUAAAAUAG